AAAUGGCUAUCCUCUCAUAUUAUAAUUUUAGCAUCGAUUCCGACUUGGGAACGAAUAUUCACGAGAGACAUUUUAAUUUUCUUAUUUAUUGUUUUGUUUUGAAUAUUCGAGACGUUUAUCUGACGUUUCUGCAAUCUGUUCAGCGUUUUAAAAAUGCAAAUUCCAUGGAAGAAAAUGUGAAAAUGUCAGCGGAGAUUCCAGAAGAGCCUCUUCGUAGGCCGAGAUUUCGAUUGUUCGUUCCAGGAACUCCCAAAACCCACAAACAAGCCGCAGCAGAAAGAUUGCAAAAGGUGUCCAAUCCUUCAGAAUCAACAGACAAUCCUAAUGAGGAUCCCUGUGAGAAAAGAGGCGAAGCCCAGGAGACAGAAGUCAAGUUCAAACCAACCGUUGGAGUAGAUCCCAGGUUUCAACAGCAAAAUCAGACCUUGAGAUGUUUCGUGAUGUACACAGACUUCUUCAGGUGUGAGAAGAUCCUCGGAGAAGGGCAUGAGGCUUGCAGCUGGUUCAAACAGUGUUACCAAACAAUUUGUCCUAACGAUUGGAUCAGACACUGGGACGACCUGCGUAGUCAGGAUUUGAUGCCUUGGUCCAAGGCGUAUUACAAAGCAGCCCAAGAGGCAGAGCGACGAGAUUCCGACAAAUAGGAACAUCAAAAAGAUUUUCUCUCGUAUUUUUUCCAAAGUAUCGAAAUAAAGAAUC